AUUUCUUGCUAGUUCGUUACAAUUCAACGUGAAUUUGGGCACAGGUGUCGAGUGUGGUAAGAGGUGGCAGAAUGCAUGGUUCUUAUCAACGCAAUGAUUUGCCCGCCGGUGGUUGGUCAUUAGAAGCUUAAAGUUUCAGGCGGAUUUGCAGAUUCGGAUAACUCCCGAUUGCGUCUUGAAAUUUCAUCUCUCUGUAAUCGAAGCAAUGUGGUUUUUUAGAAGAAAAGGACCCUCUGGGUUUUCGUCUUCUUCCACUGCUGAGGAAGUUACAGACGGAAUCGAUGGCACUGGUCUUACCGCCAUUGUUACAGGAGCAUCGAACGGUAUUGGCUCUGAAACAGCACGUGUUCUUGCACUACGUGGAGUCCAUGUCAUUAUGGGCGUUAGGAAUUUAGAAGCUGGUAGAAAUGUCACAGAAACCAUUGUCAAGGAGAACCCCUCUGCAAAAAUUGAUGCCAUGGAGUUGGAUCUUAGCUCCACGGCGUCUGUAAGAAAAUUUGCCUCAGAUUACCAGUCGUCCGGGUUUCCACUGAACAUCCUCAUUAACAAUGCAGGAAUAAUGGCUACCCCUUUCGGACUUUCAAAAGAUAACAUAGAGCUGCAGUUUGCGACAAACCACGUAGGCCAUUUCCUUUUGACAAAUCUACUUUUGGAAAAUAUGAAGAAAACUGCUGCUGAAAGUAAGAAAGAAGGAAGAAUUGUAAAUGUCUCCUCAGAAGCUCAUCGUUACACAUAUCCUGAAGGCAUCCGAUUUGAUGGAAUUAACGAUGAAUCAAGGUAUAAUAAAAUGCAGGCUUAUGGCCAGUCGAAGUUAUCUAAUGUUCUGCAUGCCAAUGAACUUACAAGACGUUUCAAGGAAGAAGGUUUAAACAUAACUGCAAACUCACUCCACCCAGGGAUAAUCGCCACAAAUCUUUUCCGCCACUUGAAUUAUGGCAAUGUAGUUGAAUCAGUUUGGCAGCCGAUUCUCCGACUAAGCCUGAGAAUUGGUAUAGUAAACACUGUUGGCAAACUCAUGUUUAAAAACGUUCAACAGGGUGCAGCAACGACCUGCUAUGUGGCAUUGCAUCCACAAGUAAAGGGAGUGAGUGGUGAAUAUUUUCUGAAUAGUAACCUACACAAGGCAAGCCAACAUGGCCAGGAUGUUGACUUGGCUAAGAAACUUUGGGAUUUUACCACUAAUCUACUAAAAUAAUCCAAUUCCCUAUUCUAAUUUAUCAUGGAGAUUUGUAUAUGCCUAUUAUUGUUGAGGCUCAUUUUGGCUGACUUUUUUUUUUUCUGCUUUUCUCCGUAAAUUAGUGCUGUGGUAUUUCUAUCUAGUUAGGUUGUGUAAAGUUGUAUUGUUUGUGUCUUUAGAGUACCGCAUUACAAAUAAGGAAAGGGGAUUUAGAGCUACUAUCCUCAGAACUUAAGCUGUUAAUUCAAGUUAUUUCCAAUUUCCAGAUUGGUGUUUGUAUAUGUAUUCAUGUAUUGCAUGAAGUUGCUAUAAAGCUU